AUGUCUGCUACUUUUGAACAGCCUGUCGUUCCCCCUUCGGAAGAAUCCCUAGAUUCAUUAUCACUUCCUUCUGCACAGCUUCAAAAAGCUCAUGAAGAAUUUGAACAAAUAAAUAAUGUCACCGAAGUUGAAUCUUCCUCCUCAACAAAUACUUAUAAUACAGAAGGAGCCAUUAUGAAGUCUGUAUCUUAUGAUACAGAUUUCCCUUCACUUUCCGUGGCUGGUACAGCUACAAAGUCCUCCUCUGUUGUAUGGGGUACUCGCUCUGGUGCCGAACUCGUUCGCUCUGACAUUCCAAUCAUCGAUAAUCGUACAUCUAAAUUACCUACCACACAUGCUGCUGUUACUGCUGUUACUGCUGUAAAGAAAUCAGGUAUCAUUACCGAAAGACUCGAAUUACCCGCCUCACAGCAGUUACAAAAAAAAGAAUUUGGAAAUAAAACCACUACGGCUGAUAUCGUUAAACGUGUACGCGAUAAAACAAAUACUCAUAUAGAUGUAUCCACUGGACAAAAAACUGGUAUUACCACGUUUUUGAUCAAAGGGAAAAUAGAAGAUGUUAUGAGAGCAAAACGUGAAUUAUUGGAAAAUUUAGCAGUUAAGAGUGAAGUAACUAUUCAAGUUCCGGUUUCUGCGCGUCGAUUUAUUCUCGGAUCUCGUGGUCAAACAUUACAAGGAAUUACCUUAAAAACUGGUACUCGCAUUCAACUUCCUCCUCGUCAAGAAAAUUCAGCGGAAGAAAAAACUGAAUUUGAUAAUGAUGAGGAUGAAAUUAUGGUUGUCAAAAUUGAAGGUGAUGUCAAAGGUGUAAACGAGGCUAAAGCGGAAAUUGAAGCCAUUGUUAACGAAAGGUCAACUAAGCGUAACCAUCGUAUAACUCAUAUUGAACAUCAAUUUUAUCCUUUAAUCGCUGGUGCUCAUAAUCAACGUAUUAAUCAAAUUGCCGAGGAAACUGGAAUUAAAAUUCAUGUUCCUCCUUAUAUCGCUACUGUUGAAAAUAAUGAAUCAAACACCAAAGAUUAUAUCACUUUAAUUGGAGAACGAGAUUCCGUGAAAACGGCGGCUGAUAAGAUCGAAGCGAUUUAUGUUGAUCUGAAAAAUAAUACCCGUACAUUAUCUUAUGACAUCCCAAAACGUCAACACAGGUUUUUAAUUGGUCCAAAAGGUGUCCAUCUUCAUGAACUUCUUGAAUCUACUGAAUGUUCUUUGGAACUUUCACCUUCAUCAAAUACUAUAGUUAUUCGUGGUCCUCAAAGUAAACAUCCAAUUGCAUUACAAAGUGUAUUGGAAAGGGUUGAUAUUGUAUCGCUUGACGUUACACUUAUUCACAGAUCAGCGGAACAACCUUUGGAACAUGCGAAAAAUAUUUUAAAAUAUUUAGUCAAUAGAAGUAAACUUAGGAAAAUAGAGACUGAUUUUAAUGUUCAAAUAAUUGUACCUAAAGGUCAUGAAUUAGAAAAUGAAGUAUUUUUGGAUUUUAUUAGUAAGGUUUCUGAAGAUGCAGAAAAAGCUAAAAACGAACCUCCAAAUAAUUUCACAAUUGCGACCAUUGAACCACAUCUUCAUAGGCACAUUAUUGGUCGUAAAGGUCAAAAUCUUCAACGCGUAAAAGAGACUUAUGGAGUUGAAAUAAUUGUACCCGAUGAAAAAGAUGAAAACCCAGUUAUUUUAAUUGUUUAUGAAGGAAAAAUUGGCGAAGAAAUUCCCACGGAUAAAAAAUUGAAAGAUUCACAUAUUAAGGAAGUUUUAGAAAAAGUUAAAGUAGAAUUGAUUAAGGCUGCCCAAGAUGCCUCCGAUUUUGCAACUCAAACUCUCAGUAUUCCCGUUAAAUUCCAUCGACAUAUAAUUGGUCCAAAAGGUUCAACUUUAAAUAAUAUUACUGGAGGAAUGGAUGCUCCAGUUUCUGUUAAAUUUGGGUCUUAUCGAACUGGUGCUGCAGAACGAUCUGCUAAUGCAGAAGGUAAAAAGUUAACUCAAGCACCUAUUUCUAAUGAUAUUGUAAUAAUUAAAGGACCAACUGAAGAGGUUGAAAGAGUUGUAAGGGAAAUAAAUAAAGUGGUUGAAGAAUCAAAACAUGCUGAGAUUAUGAAUUCUUACACUAUUGAUUUCAAUUUUCCUGCUCAAUAUUCUGCUCAUAUAAUUGGAAAAGGCGGGGCUCAUGUAACUAUGUUGAAAGAAAAUUUGGGUGUCAGAAUUGACAUUGAGGGAGGAAGGAAUGAAGAAAAAAAGACUACUCCUGGUGAAAAUGUCAAAGUUACUAUUACGGGUAUGAAAGAAAAUGUAGAAGAAGCGAAAGCUAAAAUUUUAGAUCUUAUUGAUAAAUUGCAAGAUUCUGCAACAGAAUGCCUUAAAAUUCCAUCAGAAUAUCAUAAAUCAUUAAUUGGUACCAGAGGUCGUUAUGUUAAACGUCUUGAGGAAAAAUAUGGUGUUCACAUACGUUUCCCAAGAACUAGAGAUUCAGUAGAGGAAAGUGAAGAGGAUGUAGAUGCUCAAAAACCUGAUGAAGUCAUUAUUAAGGGAAGAAAGAAAGGAGUUAAUGAUGCUAAAGCCGAAUUGAUGGAUUUGUUAGAUUAUGAAAAAGAUCAUGGAAAUUCUGUAAAAUUUACUGUUCCUUCUAAAUACCUUCCUCACAUUGUUGGUCGCAAUGGUACUAGAAUUACUGACAUCAAAGAUGAAACCAUGACUCGUAUAGAUAUUGGAAAACCAGAAUUCUCAGAAGAAGACGGUCAAGAACAACAAGUUGUAAGCGUGGUUAUUCAAGGAACUAAGGAUGACAUUAAUAAUGCAAAAAAUAAAAUCCUCAAUAUCGUAAGUGAAUUUGAAAAACAGACCACUAUUACAAUGAAUAUUGAUCCUCAAUAUCAUAAAUAUUUGAUUGGUCCUGGUGGUAGCCGUAUUCGUGAAAUAGUUGCUAAAGCAGGUGGUCCCGAUGAAAAAAGUGGUCAAGCUGGUAUUGUGAAAUUUCCUCGUCAAGGUUUUAAUAGUGACGAGGUUAUUCUUAAAGGUGAUAAAGAUCUUGUAGGGAAAGUAAAGGCUGAAAUUGAAAGAUUAGUUGAAGAACAGAGUAAUCUUCAAGUUGAUGUUAUUCGAAUUCCACGUUCGCAACAUCAUAUUAUCAUUGGACGUGCGGGUUUUCAACUUCGUGAAAUUCAAAAUCGAUUCAAUGUAGAGAUACAAUUUCCUGGAUCUCGUUCUUACAAUGAUUUUCAUCCAACAACGACUAAUGUUGGUGAAGAAAUUGAAAAUAUUGAAGAGGCCGUGAAAAUUGCUGGUAAAGCUGAUGAUAUUAAAGCCGCUAAAAAUGAGAUUCACGAAAUUUUAUCUAAAGUUUACAGUCAUGUAAUCAAUAUUCCACGUAAAUACCAUAAGAUACUUAUUUCUAAUGGAAUUAAUUUUCGUAAACUUCGGAACGAAUUUCAUGUUACAGUGGAUUAUGAUGAUGGAGUAGAUUGGCACACUACUGAAGAAACCAAAGAAUCUGUUGUGGCUGUUGAAGAAUCUGUUGUGGCUGUUAAUGGAAUUGAUAAUGAAGGUAAUUCUGGUAAACCAAAAUGGCAAGUUAUUAAAAAUAAUGAUGAUACUGCUGAUGAAGGGGAAAUUGCCUGGAAUUUGAAAGGUGAAAAAUCGCAGGUUGAACGAGCAGAAAAGUAUUUGAAUGAAAUUUUAGAUGAAGAGAGAACUUAUACCCACACCAGUUCUAUUACAGUUCCUCAACAAUAUCACCGUCACAUUAUUGGUCGUAGUGGCCAAACAAUUACUCGUAUUCGUAACGAAAGUAAAUGUAGAAUUGAGGUUCCAAAAGCUCAAAACGAUGAAACAGUAAUUAUUACUGGAUCUGAGAAGGGUAUAGAUAUAGCUCAAACAAUGAUUAAAGAAGUUAUUGAAAGAGCUGGAUAA